GGUUGUGAGCGCCGGCGGUGGUCGGAUCUUGGCGAUGGCACACGUGACGUGUGCCCCCGGUGCUUACCCUAUUGGGAAGCCGAUGACAAUUUUCAACACUCUUUUCCAGCUCAGUGAACGAAGCCAACAUCGUUUUCCCUUUUGGUGGAGAGAGAAGUGUGCUACGAAGCGGAAGACAGAGGCAAUGACUGAAGAGCUCAGUAAACAGACCGAGGCGUUGGAUAUCAAGCAGGUUGCUGAACAGAAAGUGACUCCCUGGGAAGUGGAGGGUGCUGUUGUGGACGGUCAGGCACAGGCCAUUGACUACGAUAAGCUCACCAAGCAGUUUGGUACGCGCUCGAUUGGCGAGGAGACCCUUGAAAGAUUCGAGCGUGUGACUGGCCAUAAGCCACAUCACUUCCUGAGAAAGGGCUUUUUCUUCUCAGAGAGAGAUUUCUCGAAGAUUCUGGACCUGUACGAGCAGGGCAAGCCUUUCUUCCUGUAUACGGGCCGUGGUCCUUCGAACAGCAUGCACGUUGGGCACCUGGUUCCGUUCCUCUUCACCAAAUGGCUACAGGAGGUGUUUGACGUUCCGUUGGUGAUCGAGCUGACCGAUGACGAGAAGUUCUUGUUCAAGCCGAAGCUCACCAUUCAGGACGUUAGAAACUUUGCCGUGGAGAAUGCAAAGGACAUCAUCGCUGUCGGGUUCAAGCCUGAAAACACCUUUAUCUUUUCAGAUCUGGACUACAUGGGUGGUGCACUCUAUGAGAACGUUGUUAGAACUUCACGUCAGAUCACCACGUCCACUGCUAGGGCGGUUUUCGGGUUCACAGACUCCGACUGUAUCGGUAAAUUGCACUUUGCAUCGAUCCAGAUCUCCACUGCGUUCCCUUCGUCGUUCCCUGACGUCCUGGGAAUGGGCCCAAAGACACAGUGUCUGAUCCCAUGUGCUAUUGACCAGGACCCAUACUUCCGUCUGUGUCGUGACGUUGCAGACAAGCUGAAGUACUCCAAGCCAGCACUGAUCCACUCAAAGUUCUUCCCUGCUCUACAAGGUCCUUCUACAAAGAUGAGCGCCAGUGACGACUCAUCUGCCAUUUUCCUAGAUGACACUCCUAAGCAGAUCGCUAAGAAGAUCAACAAGUAUGCCUUCUCAGGUGGCCAGACCUCCGUUGAAGAGCACAGAAGAUUGGGUGGUAACCCAGACGUGGACGUUGCCUACCAGUACCUGUCCUUCUUCCUCGACGAUGACGAGAAGCUCAAGCAGUACUACGACAGCUACAAAUCAGGUGAAUUGCUCAGUGGCGAGAUGAAGAAGCUCGCCAUUGACGAGAUCACCAAGUACAUCGUAGCCUUCCAAGAGAGAAAGAACCAGGUGGACCAAGAGACUCUGGACAAGUACAUGAAGCCACACAAGCUCGUUGGUGGACAGAAGGAGAGACUCGUGCCAGCCAAGCCAAAGGAGAACAAGCCAAAGGAGAAGAAAUGACACUGUUUAGAGGCGU